AUGAAACCCACCUACUCAUGGAGCCAUCUCCAGGGAGUCACGACCCACGAUCUCCUCGACACAUCCCCAGAGUUACCAUGUCCCUCACUCUGUCCCACCCCAGCAUUACUUUACUAUCCUCAUCGUAUAUUUACAUUGCAAGCUUGCCUCGCUGGUAUGGGCGAUUCGUAUUUGUUAAGGACGGAUAAGGGGAGAGAAUUGCCUGUGGAGAUAGUGUUACGGAUUGUGGAGUUCGUGGUUGGGGAGGAUUCGAGAUGUGUGGGGGAAUUGAUGAGGUUGUCGAGGCCAUUCAACUCCCUCCUCCAAACCUACGAACGCUCUAUAACCCUCGCAAACACCACCCACGACCCGCGUCUCCUCUUCACCAACUCCGCCCAAUCCCACAUCCUCGGCUGUCGCGCGCCCCCUAAAGACACUAUCAUCCGCAGAGCACCCUCGUAUAUCUGGUACAACGAGAUGCGGACGCGGCAUUCCAUAAUCGAAUACCUAUGCGCCCACGAAAUCACAUCCAUGACCGACGACACUGGUGGCUGGCCGCGUCUGCCCGAGCACGUACCGAAGGUUGAACGACUGGUGAGGGAAAAGAUGUUUAAACAACACGGCUUUUUGCUGCUGUUCCAACUUUCGGAUUGUACGGCGGGGCAGGUCGAGAUGGCGAGCAUAAGGAAUCAGCAAGCGAGGUUUUUGGAGGGGUUGAGUGCGUGUGAGACGGCGGUUUUGUGUUGUCUUGUGGAGGUUGUGGGACAGGGUUUUCUGAAUAUCACCGGGAAAGUUGGGGGACCGAGGAAAGAUUUGAAGGUUAUGAGGGCGAGUAUGGGUGGGUUUGUUGGGGAUGUUGGGGUGGGAGGUGAUCAAAUAGGCGAGAAUUGGCUGAGGGAGUGUCCAUAUUUUGCAUACGUCUUCCUCGCUGGUUCAAAGAACCCCCAUCGUCCGGAUCUCUGGGCUAAAUCAGAACUCCAAAAGGGCCUCGAUGAGAUGAAUGAGUUUGAGCUGGGGAAUAUUAUGAGUUAUGCUAGUUUGCAGAGUGUGGUCUGGAAGGCGUUUUGUCGGAAGAGGGGGUGUACGAUGUCGGAUCGGUGGACGGAGGCGAGAGGGUGUGUGGAGAGGGUUAUGGGGGGCUAUGUGUUGUGUUGA